GCGUGGCGCUCGCGCUGCAGGCCAGACGUGUCCGAGGCGCAGAGCAACAAGUCCCGGAGAGGCGCGACGCUCCGGAUCCACGCCGUGCACCCCGAGCUGCCGGAGGACUCUGCCGGAGGUCGCCCCAGGUGCCGCCCGCCUCAACGACCGCCAUGAUCCUUGAACGCCCCCUCUGGCUGGUGGUGGUGCUGCUGGCGCUGCGGGCCGCGCGCUGCGACGUCGUGCUGGCCGAGGAGCGCCCCCCUCCCGCCGGGGUGGACGUUCGCACCACGCUGGAGUGCCACCCGCGCGUCUACAACAGCACCGUGUCGCGCUCGGACCGCAACGGCCGGACGUGCUUCGACCACGUGAGCGUGACCAGCUGCUGGGGCCGCUGCGACUCCAACGAGAUCUCGGACUACCGCUUCCCGUACAAGCGCUCGCACCACCCGGUGUGCAUCCACGACGUGCACGAGCCGCGCGUCGUGGUGCUGCGCCACUGCCAGGAGGGCGUCGAGCCCGGCACGGAGCGCUACGAGUACCUGGAGGCCAAGCGCUGCAGCUGCCAGGUGUGCCGCUCGAGCGAGGCGUCCUGCGAGGGCCUGCGCUACCGCGCGCCGGGCCCCUCGGGCCCCGCCGGCCCGGCCGCCCUCGUGCCCGCGCUCGUCGAGCAGGUGCGCCAGCUGCCCAUGGUCAUCAACAACCGCGGGGACUGAGAGCGGAGCCACAGCCACAGCUUGGGAGCAUCCGCGAGGAAAUACAAAGAAAAUGUGCAGUACGACGCAAGACAAAAGCAAACGUGGCGAGUCUAAUGUUGGGGCAACUGUUGAUGCGAUUAAUGUCAGUUGGUGGGUGGGUGUGGUUUGGAGUAAUUUGUAAUUUAGUAGUUUUAGACAAAAUCGAGUAAGCACGCAAUGCUGUGUGGCGUUUCAUUUCUGUUGCUGCUACCAAAUCUGAUAGAUUGUUUCCGUUCAUGUAACCAAACUGUGAUGAGAAUGGGUUGUUCUACUUUUAAUUUUCACUGUUUCUCACUAUACCAUGUGCACAUGUGCGAGACAUCCGGCAGCUGUACUUUUAGAACUGAUACGUAGCAAGAAAGCCUUUCGGUGUGAUAGUAAUGAUAUUCUCUCUUUUCUCUUUCAUUCACUUUUAUUUCUGUAGUCGGUAGAUCACUUUUUAUCAGUAGACUUAAUUAUAAGGUAAAUAAACUAUCACAAUUGUU